AUGCAACCAUUUAAGCUUGCUCUUUCAAACAAUGGCUCGGUUACCGGUCUACAUUCGAUUCCACCAAAGUCGACUUUAUCAGCGAGUCCUCGUCCCCUCAUCGUAGGGCUUCAUGGUGGAGGCUAUGACAGUCAAUACUUUGAUGCUACUGAAGAGCACUCCGCAGCCGUUAUGAGUGUGUCGCUGAACGUCCCCUUCAUUUCAAUCGACCGACCAUCAUACGACGGAACCAGCUCUAUUCUUCCUGUUCCGGAAGGUUCAGAUUUCAAUCAAGAAACCGGUAUCUGGCUGCACCGAUACAUUCUCCCUAAGCUUUGGUCUGAAUAUGUCAUUCCUAAUGAUUGCAACUCAAUUGUUCUCUUAUGCCACAGUUUAGGAGUCAUGGGUGGCGUCGUAGCGGCAUCACUCCAUGCGCAAGAUGAACAAGCGGCAUACCCACUAGGAGGCUUGAUAGCCAGUGGCAUGGGUCAAACACAGUCGCUGUUUAUGAAAGAUACUCCUCCCAGUUUUGAGUCCGUGGACCAAAACUACGCUAGACUUCCUCCAAGCGCAAAGGAUUCCGUCAUGUUCAAGCCGAAUACAGUAGCACCAGAAGUUCUAGCACAAACAGAACGAUUAGAUGCUCCUAUGCCAAUAGCUGAAGCUGCCUUUUUUCCGCAGGUGUGGCUCCCGAAUUGGAAGCAGAAGUGGGCAGCACACGUCGUUGUGCCGGUCAUGUUUACACUCGUAGAUAAUGAUCCUUUUUUUGAGGUGAACGAGGCAGAGCUAGAAGGCUGUGCCAGAGCAUUCAAUAGCAGCAUCCGGGUUGAUACCAGCAUUGCCAAAGGAGCGCCGCAUUGCAUGGAGUUAAGUUAUUUGUCACAUGGAUGGUAUGCUCGUUCUUUCGGGUUUGCAUUAGAAUGUGCUGCAGAAUUAAGAUUUUCCGCAUGA